CACGUGCAGUGUGUACGGAAGUGUUACCACUGCCGUCAGACAGUUGUCACGUCGUAGUCGAGCCUCAGGAGUAAGGGGCCACUGUUAUCGGGCUACAGGGAGCCGCGCUGACGGUUUUCACAGGAAUGUCUCAGUAAUGUUUUUCCUCCGUAGAAAGCAGCGGGUCGCCCGUCAAAUUCACGCUUGCUAAACGUUUCCGGCGGGUUAGAGCAAGUCCACAAUGAGCUCGCAGGAUGUGCUGAAGAACGCGUCCACUCUGGCAUCGUAUAAUGUGUUGUUACAGGUCGUGUUCCGUGUGCUCACCUUCUUGCUGAAUGCAUUCACACUGCGGUUUGUGUCCAAGGAGCUGAUUGGGGUUGUCAAUGUCAGGCUUACACUGCUGUACUCCACAUUAGUAUUUUUAUCCAGAGAGGCUUUCCGGAGAGCCUGUCUGAGUGGGGGAUCUGGGACGAACCACAGCUGGAGACAAGUUAUCAACCUGCUAUGGCUGACGCUGCCUCUCGGUGUGUUAUGGGCAGCCCUGCUGGUCUGUGUGUGGCUGUGGCUCCUGGAGGUCCCAGAUCCCCAGACUGUCCCGUACUACGGCCCCGCCGUGGUGUUGUUUGCCCUGGCGGGAGUGCAGGAGCUCCUGGCUGAGCCCCUCUGGGUCCUGGCUCAAGCUCACAUGUUUGUCCGCCUGAAGGUGGUCGCUGAGAGCUUAGCGAUGAUCGCUAAGUGCAGUGUAACUGUGGUGCUGGUGGUGUCUGCCCGUGAAUGGGGCCUUUACAUCUUCUCUGUUGCUCACUUGGUGUACACAGGAUUCCUGGUGCUGUGCUAUGCUGUUUACUUUAUUCGUUUUUUGGGCUCUAAAGAAACAAGCAAGAAGAAUUUUCCUCUGCGCUCUGUUGAAGAUCUCUUGCCCUGUAGAGCAGAUGGAGAGCCGCUGGUUGAUUGGACCCUGGCCCGGCUCACGUGGAGCUUCUUCAAGCAGUCCUUCCUAAAGCAGAUCCUGACAGAGGGUGAGCGUUACGUCAUGACCUUCCUGAACGUUCUCAGCUUUGGAGACCAGGGUGUUUAUGAUAUCGUCAAUAAUCUGGGCUCCAUGGUGGCCCGCUUCAUCUUCUUGCCCAUCGAGGAAAGCUUCUACAUCUUCUUUGCCAAAGUGCUGGAGAGAGGAUGUGAUGUCAAAAGUCAGAAACAGGAAGAAGUUGCCAUUGUAGCAGAUGUCCUGGAGUGUCUGCUGAAACUGGUGUUGGUGAUUGGUCUGGUUAUCACAGUGUUUGGCUACGCCUUCUCUCACUUGGCUCUGGACAUUUAUGGUGGCUCUCUGCUGAGCAGUGGAGCAGGGCCUACUUUGCUGCGAUGCUACAGCUGCUACGUCCUCCUGCUCGCUGUAAAUGGUGUAACAGAGUGCUUUGUAUUUGCUGCUAUGAGCCAAGAAGAGGUUGACAGGUACAACCUGGUGAUGCUGGCUCUGUCUGUGUCUUUUCUCUUGUUGUCCUACAUGCUGACGUGGUGGGCUGGCGGUGUUGGUUUCAUACUGGCAAACUGCCUCAACAUGGGCCUCCGCAUCUUACACAGCCUGCUCUACAUACACCACUACUUCCAGUUCAGUCGGUGGAAGCCACUGCGAGGCCUCUUGCCCUCCCCGCUCCUUCUGCUGGCACUUACUGUCAGUGCGGCUGUCACAGGAGUUUCUGAGAGUGUUUUCUGCUGCGACAGCGGCUGGUUGCUGAGGCUGGUCCAUAUCGGCGUGGGAGCAGCAUGUCUACUUGGUGUUCUUGUAGCUGUUCUUCUCACAGAGACUCGGCUUAUUCAGUUUGUGAGGACUCAGCUCUUGCCCCAGUACAGAAAGAAACACACGUAAAUUUGACUAAAAAAUGGAAGAAAACCUCUGUACCGAUACAAACGGUAGAUAAAAAGCUACUGACCGACGGUAACUGGUUGUGUGAAAGCAACAAGGAAACAACUUUUUUUAAAAUAGACUCGUGCGUGUGUGUCUGUCUGUGUCUGUCUGUGUCUGUCUGUGUCUUUGUGUUUGAUGUUUUCACUGUCACAUUCCUAGGAAGAAUCAUGGCAUGACUGUUUUGGGAUCUAAUUGUGGGCAAGAAAGAAGAUGAAUUUAUUUUAAGACAACUGAAAUAGGAUAGGUUGUCCUACACAAAUAAAAGAAGGCAAUUUCAAAUUAUAUUUGUGGUGUUUAUAAUUAAAAAGUAUGACAUGUAGGGACAUCAUAUGACCAAAAACCAGCAUUGUUCAUAUUUACCUUCCACUGUUUUGGAAGGUUCCAGCUGUUAGCUGACAUAGCAUGAGACAACAAAUGCUCUUUAAAAUGAAACCUGUGUAAAUUAAGGACACUUGCCUGGGAUAUAUUUUAUUAAAUUUGAUUUUAUUAAAUUUCAAUUUGGCUUGGUAAGACAAUCAAGGACUUGUGUUGUAGAUUGUUUAUAAAAACCUGUUUGGAUUUAUUUUAAUACAUUCUUUUAGGAUUUCAGUUGUCUCAUAAAAUGUGAUGUCCAUAAGUGUGUUCUCGAUAGCUUUGUUUUUUCUGUCAUAUCUACACUGAAAACAAUGCAAACGGUAUCUCCGCUUGGGGUUUGCCUAAAUAUAUUUUCUAGGUUAAAAUAUUUGACAUUU